UUUCUGGUAAUUCUCUUUCAUGGAAGAUGGUUCACAGACGAUAAAAAAAGGAAAAGUUCGUUAGACAAAUCCAAAAACAGACGCCUCUUUUAAUUUUUCCAAUUAUUUCUUUUUUUGAUCCCAUUUGGCGGUAGUGUUGUUGUUGUUGGUGCUGGUGGUGAUUACCUUCUCUUCCUUCCCUCUUCCUCCAAUCUGUCAUCGCGGUGGCAGUCGCGGUGGCAGUUGCGGUGACCUUGACGGGCAAGGCGGCUGUGGUAGCUGCGGUUAUUCGUCGAAUCAGCAACAGAGACAAAGAAGAAGAAGAAGAAGAAGAAGAAGAAGAAGAAAAAGAAAAAGAAAGACAACACGAUGGCGUAUAGGAGAAGGCAAGGAAUUACAAGAGCAUCAACCUUCAAAGAAGAGAUAUAUCGCGCAUCAGAAAAUGAUAACAAGGACGAUAUGAAAAGUAAUAAUUUUUUGAAAUCGUCGCAUACUUUUAAUUCCUCCUCUACUAUAUCUGCUCAAGCGUCUCUGGCAGCUCAGGCCAUCAGAGCUUCUGCCGCUCAUCGUGAAUCGUCUCUUUCCUCUGCCUACGCUGGAGAUCCUCUCCCUCAGCGAUCUAAGGUCUUUGAUGCAUUUGAAGAUUCAUCAGAGAGAAAUGAUUCUAGAGGGUUUUGGGGUGUUCUUGCUAGGAAAGCCAAAGCCAUUCUUGACGAUGAUAAUAUGUCCCAACAAUCAGAAACAACGACAAGAUCAAGGUUCAAUAUCUCAGAUAGCUCUGGCAGCCAGUCUCAACAAUCAAACGUAACUCCAGAGGGAGCUAAGAAAGUUGAUAUACGAAAGGGAUUGGAUAAACUUUCAUCUUCCCUUAAUCAGAUUGGGGAUACCUUUGAGAAGGCUUUUGAGGAAGGUCGCACUCUCGUGGAAAAUAAGACUGCGGAUAUCAUCCAAGAGACCCGCAAACUGCAAGUUAGGCGAAAAGGAAGCAAUGUCGAUGUUCAAAAUCUAGCCCCUGGUGAAAAUAGUUCGUGGCAGCAACCCAUGAUGCAACGUAAUCAGCCACAGAGUCAAAUGAACCAUGAAACUCAAUUGAAGGCAUCUCGCGACGUUGCGAUGGCAACUGCUGCAAAAGCAAAACUACUUCUUCGAGAACUGAAAACAGUUAAAGCAGACUUGGCCUUUGCAAAACAAAGAUGUUCCCAACUAGAGGAAGAGAAUAAAAUGCUAAGGGAGAGUCAUGAAAAGGGAGGCAACCCAGCAGACGAUGAUUUGAUUCGCCUUCAACUGGAGACACUUUUGGCUGAGAAGGCUCGUUUGGCACACGAGAAUGCCAUGCAUGCACGUGAGAACCGGUUUCUAAGGGAAAUUGUCGAGUACCACCAACUCACCAUGCAAGAUGUUGUGUAUUUAGACGAAGGCAGUGAAGAAGUCACUGAAGUUUACCCUUUUACGAAGAUUCUCUCUAUAUCCCCUCCGUCACCCAUUUCUCCAUCAUCACCUUCUGAGAUUACUGCAUCUGCAAGCCCACCGACAACAAGGGAAAUAUUUCCUGCCCCUAGGACACCGCAAGUAACACUUGAGGCUCCGGGGAAUGAUAUCCCAACAAGUUCACUUACAACCGUACUGGAGGAAGCAGAGAAAGAGAACAUCCCAGCACACAAGGAAGAAGAAGAAGCAAAAGAUACUCCACUACUCGAGGAAAAUGCAAAAACAAACACAAAACCAUCUGCGUAAAAUCAAGCUGUUCUAUUGUUCAUUAACAUGAAGAAAUUUUGUGGGAUAUUGAUCCUAAUUUUUCAGUUUUCUUCCUUUGUUUUUUAUUUGGAGGAGGAAGGGUGUGGGAGAGUUUUCUUAUUUUGUCUUUUCUCUUUUCUCCCUGAUUUUUUCUGAGCACAGCAUUUGUUAUUAUUUUGUGUAUGUAUUUGCGAAUGCAGCUUUAUUUGAUAUCAAAUAAAGUCUAAUUUUCCUUGUUCAGAUAA